AUGCUGUUCAAGUUCGUCGCCGUCGGCCUCGCCUACACCGCAGCCUUCGCGGCCGCCUACACUGCUCCUGCGACCAAGGGCAGCCCCUCCGGCAAUGACAUCUUCACUCCUGGCCUCGAGGAGGCCGUCCCCGCCGGCAAGCCAUACACCAUCACCUGGAAGCCCACCACUCCCGGCCCCAUCACCCUCGUCUUCCUGAAGGGCCCCGCCAGCAACGCCAUCGCCCAGUACGCCAUCGCCGAGCACAUUGACAACUCCGGCUCAUACCAGUGGACCCCGAGCGCCUCUCUCGCACCCGGCAAGACUGGCUACGGCAUCCUCCUCGUCGACGAGUCCACCGGCGCCUACCAGUACAGCACGCAGUUCGGCAUCUCCAACAGCGACAACAGCGGCUCCACCGGCGGCGCCACCGCCACCCAGGCCGGUCCCACCACCACCGCCUCCUCCGCCGUCACAAAGACCUCCAUCGACUCCUACGCGACCACCACCAAGGCCGCCAAGCCCACCACCACCGCCAGCGACGACGACGAGGAGGACAGCGAGACCACCACCACCACCUCCUCCUCCCCCGCCACCACCUCCUCCGCCACCACCUCCUCCGCCAGCCUGACCACCCCCUCCGCCGGCACCACCACCGUCGUCCCGGUCACCCAGGCCGCCAUCUCCGGCAACUCCACCGCCCCGACCGGCAUCCGCACCACCACCUCGUCCGCCCCGGCCACCCGCACCACCAACCCGGUCGUCGCGACCGGUGCUGCCGCCACCAUGGCCUCCAGCUUCGCCGGCCUGGUCUUCGCCGCCGGUGUCGCCGUCCUGGCUCUGUAA